GCCGCGCCCGUCUCGGCGCCGUCCUCCCUGCACAGGCAGUCGACCGCGUCGGUGGAUGUCGACCAGGUGACGCCGGUCGCCGAGGACGAGCCGGAGAACGAGGACGAGGACGAGAACGAGGACGAAGAUGAGGAGCAGCAGGAGACGACCCACACGGGUAGCCUCAGUCACCAGCUGGGCGUCACCAACCCCUGGCUGCUCUCGCAGUUCGACAUCACCACUCGCAAGCAACGCGUGGAGCAGAUCUACAUGCUGCGGGAGGUAAUUUACCAGCUCAAAGAGAAGUUCAACGAGCGGUUCGAGGCGCUGUACAAGUCCAAGUGUGGCGAGGUACACCGCAUCACCGAGUGGGCGCAGCGGCUGCAGCACAUCUACUCGGAGCUGGACAUGAGCGAGCAGCCCUGGCUGCCGCAGUGGUCGGACGCCGAACAGCCCGAGACCCUGCUCACCGUGCGGAAUGACGAGGUGACGGUGGAGCGGUACCUGACGCCGGCCGAGUGGGCGCGGCUAGAGGCCCAGGCCGCCGAGGAGGAGCGACGCCGCCGCGAGCGCGAGGCUAACGACUUCCGGGAGCGCGCCAUCAUGCAGAUGAUGAACGGCGUGCUGGAGGUCCGCUGGGAGGACACCCUCAAGGUGGACGUGCCCCGGCCGGCGUUCAUGGACGAAAAGGAGCCGGACGACUGGACCGAAGACGAGGUCAAGGAGGCCGCCGAGUACGAGCGCAGGGCGGCCGAGUUGGAGGUGGAGCGGGACAAGUACCGCAAACUGCUGGAGCAGGAGCUCAAAAAGAUGCUGGUCACCCUGCAGGAGACGGUGGACCGGUUUGACGACAGUCUGAAUCAGCUGUUCACGCUUAAGGUACAGACGGAACACGCUAUCUACCAGGAGGAGCUGAAGGUCAGCAGACUGAUCCGGGAUGUGGCCAGCGAAGAUGACCGCCAGAAAAGGGAGACCGAGCUCUGGUGA